GGGACUCCGUCCGCGCCGCCGCCGCCGCCGCCCCCGCGGCUCGCGCCCCGCCGGCCCUGUGAGAGCGAGCGCCCGGGGAGGAAGAUGGCGGAGAGCCUUCCUUUAUCAGAAAGAAAAUCAGUCAAGCGAUAUCAAUCAAGACAUCAAAUGAUCCUGACAGCAUAUAUAACAUCGGACAUCUAUAGUCUUUUACUUUUCUGCUGAGGAAGAGCUCGUCACCCUCCUAUUUGAUGGUGAAAGCCUAAGGAUGAGUCAGUGAGGUCCCACUGAUUGCUGUGGUAACAGACUGAAAUGUCCCAAACUCAGGAUUACGAUUGCCGGAGUCAUAAUACUGAUAUACAGGAUCCUAGGAGUUCUGGAUCAAGUGCCAGGCUAGAAUGGGUGGAAAUCAUCGAGCCUCGAACACGAGAACGCAUGUAUGCCAAUCUCAUCACAGGCGAGUGUGUAUGGGACCCACCUGCUGGCGUGCGGAUUAAACGUACCAAUGAGAACCAGUGGUGGGAGCUUUUUGAUCCAAAUACAUCUCGUUUUUAUUAUUAUAAUGCCACCACUCAGAGAACUGUAUGGCACCGGCCACAAAACUGUGACAUCAUCCCUCUUGCCAAGCUUCAGACUUUGAAGCAGAAUACAGAAUCCCCAAGGGCUUCAACAGAGAAUAGCCCUGGACGCAGUAGCAAUGUCAGUCGAGAGGGCAGCACCAGCUCUUCCCUGGAACAAGAGCUAGAAGCUAGCGAGAAGGCUCAGGAACAACAGGCCCGAGCCAAUCGACAGUCAACCCAAUUUACUGCAGUGAAAGAAGAGAAUGAGAGUUCUUCCCCAUCAGGAGUAUUCCUUGAGAAGGACUAUGAGAUUUAUCGGGAUUACAAUGCAGAAGGCCAACUUCUUCAUUACAGGACCUCAUCCUUGCGCUGGAACACAGGGACCAAAGAACGGAUGCUCAUCAAGGUGACAGAUAGGGAACCAAGCUUCCUUAUGCACCAGGGAAAUGACUACCCUACAGACAACCAGCCAGGACCCCGUUCCCGGAGGCCUUCAGGUGGUCAGCAAUCCCCCAAUCUACAAACCUUUGCACCAGAGCCUGACAAUUCAGUCUUCUUCCCUGAGAGGAAGCCAUCACCUUUCUUGAAGAGGGCCGAGCAUGUUGGUAGUUGCUCCCCUCUGCUGGGUCGUGGAGACCGUGACUCAUUCUGCUCCCCUCUCCAAUCCCAGCACCGAAAGCACUCAAGUGAAUCACAGCCAUCUUCACCCCGCUAUGCCUAUGAGCCACCCCUCUAUGAGGAGCCCCCCAUGGAAUACCAAGCCCCCAUCUAUGAUGAGCCCCCCAUUGAUAUGCAGUAUGAAGCAAGUGGCAGCUACAAGGCAGGUUCCCCACAGAAAUCACCCAUCCGAAAGCCCCACCCCUUCCUGCAGUCACCCAAGCAGACCUCCAACUCUCCCUAUCAGCAGUUGGUGCUCACCAAACAAAAAUGUACUGACCGUUUCAUGAGCCUGGAGUAUAGCCCUGCAGGCAAAGAGUAUGUCCGGCAGCUGGUCUACGUGGAACAGUCUGGCUCCAGCCCCAAGCUCAAAGCAGGCUUGCACCACAAGUACUCCCCGAAUCCGAUUGGGGGCUCCUACUCCCUACAACAUAGCCCCUGCCUUGUAAGAGAUCAGCGCCUAGAAAUUAAGUCAGGAGACUACAGCAGCAUGGAAGGAUCUGACUUCAGGCAUGGGCAGCCCAUUUCCCAGCUUCCUCAUGGGGAGGACUCUAUGUCCUGGUCCAGCCAACAGGACACUAUGUCUUCAACAGGCUACUCCCCUGGUACUAGAAAGAGAAAAAGCAGGAAACCUUCUCUUUCACAAGACCCAAAUACUUCUUCAACUGAUGGCUCAGGGGAUCGGGACCUCCUAAGUGAGCAGCUGGGGAGUGAAGACCGACCUCUGUCGGGCCCUACCCGCCCUCAGAUGAGUCGCACAGAGAGCAAGUCAGUGGAGGCAGAUAUGGUGCGGGGCUUCCCCGAGCCCUUCCUGGCACAAGCACGGCUGGCCUGGGAGGCCCAGCAGGCCCACUACCACAUGAAGCAGCGUAGCAGCUGGGACUCCCAGAAAGAUGGCUCUGGCUAUGAGAGUGAUGGAGCUCUGCCCCUCCCUAUGCCCGGACCUGUCGUGCGUGCAUUCAGUGAGGACGAGGCUUUGGCACAGCAGGAAAACAAGCACUGGAAAAGAAACACUUUUGAAAAGCUGGGAUUCCCACAGAUCCUCUUGGAGAAAAGUGUCUCUGUUCAGACCAACCUGGCCUCCCCAGAGCCAUACUUACAUCCGUCUCAGUCUGAGGACCUUGGUGCCUGUGCCCAGUUUGAGAGUAGUAGACAGAACCGGAACAUGAUGCCAAGUGCGAGCUGUGUUUUUCCCACCUUCACAUUACGCAAGCCAUCUUCUGAGACAGACAUUGAAAACUGGGCCUCAAAGCACUUCAAUAAGCACACUCAAGGCCUCUUCCGACGGAAGGUAUCUAUUGCCAACAUGCUGGCUUGGAGCAGCGAGUCUAUCAAGAAGCCUAUGAUUAUGACCAGUGACCGGAAUGUGAAGAAAGAAGCCUGUGAGAUCUUCAAGUUGAUCCAGAUGUACAUGGGUGAUCGGCGGGCCAAAGGGGAUCAGCUCAGUGUGGCUCUGGAGGUGGCCACCAAAGGCUGGAGUAUGCAGGGUCUGCGCGAUGAGCUUUAUAUCCAACUUUGCCGACAGACUACAGAAAAUUUCCGUUAUGAGAGCUUAGCACGAGGCUGGGAGCUCAUGGCAAUCUGCUUGGCUUUCUUCCCACCCACCCCCAAGUUUCACUCAUAUCUGGAAGGCUACAUAUAUCGGCACAUGGAUCCAGUCAAUGACACCAAAGUGACUCAGCAUAUAAAAGAGCUGCUGGAAAGGAACACUAAGAAGAAAUCCAAAUUGAGAAAGAAACCCAAGCCCUAUUUUGAAGAGCAUGAUGGGGUGGCGAUAAGCACAUAUGCCAAGUAUUGUUACAACAAGCUCCAGAAGGCUGCUUUGACAGGAGCCAAAAAGGGCCUGAAGAAGCCUAACAUGGAGGAAAUCCGACAUGCAAAGAAUGCUGUCUUCAGUCCAUCCAUGUUUGGCAGUGCUCUUCAAGAUAUUCUGGCUAUGCAGAAAGAGCGCUACCCUGAUCGACAGCUGCCCUGGGUGCAGACACGACUUUCUGAGGAGGUGUUGGCCCUCAAUGGGGACCAGACUGAAGGCAUAUUCAGAGUCCCUGGAGACAUUGAUGAGGUGAAUGCUCUGAAGCUUCAGGUGGAUCAGUGGAAGAUCCCCACAGGGCUGGAGGACCCCCAUGUCCCUGCAUCACUGCUAAAGCUCUGGUAUCGAGAGCUGGAAGAGCCCCUUAUCCCCCACGAGUUUUAUGAGCAGUGCAUCACACACUAUGAAAACCCUGAGGCCGCCAUCGCUGUCGUCCACUCCCUGCCCCGGAUCAACAGAAUGGUGCUCUGCUACCUCAUCCGCUUCCUCCAGGUGUUUGUGCAGCCUGCCAAUGUGGCCGUCACCAAGAUGGAUGUCAGCAACCUGGCUAUGGUGAUGGCACCCAACUGCCUGCGCUGCCAGUCAGACGACCCACGUAUCAUCUUUGAAAACACACGUAAGGAAAUGUCUUUCCUUCGCGUCCUCAUCCAGCACCUGGAUACCAGCUUCAUGGAGGGAGUACUAUAGCACUGCAGGGGUCGGCCCCCAUGCCUGCCCACCCACCUGCAGCUCCCCACCCUGCACAGAGACGUAAGACACAGACGGGGACUGCCUGCUGGCCAGGGCUCCCACCUGCCCCACAGGGGUCCGUCUGCAUCAUCCCAGGCCAGGGAGAUUUCUCCAGGAAUUCAGUUGGGGCCAAAUGAUGCCCAGUCCCCGCCCCCUCCUGCACUCUUCUUCUGGGCGUGGCGGACCUGGCCCACUGCUAACUAAGAAAAACACCGGAGGUCGGGGGGAGCCUGAAGGGGAUGGGAAGCUGAGCUGAACCGAGCCAAGCCAAUCCCAGGCCUGUGGCCAACCCCCAAUGGGCUGUAGCCACUUGGCUGUUCCUGUUAGCACGGGAAGAGGAGUGAGGCACCGGUGGGCCCAGAGCGGUGGAACAGGCAGACAGGCACCCUGUGGGGAGGACACAGCACAGGGUGGGGAGACAAGCUGGGUGUGUGGAGAAAACA